GAAUUAUACGAGAUAUUGAAUUAUAUGAGGGAAGAUAUAUGGGUAGCAGAAGGAUAUGUGAAUUAAAUACAAAGUAGAUCUUCCUUCAAAAAUGUGAAAUAUGAAACGCUAUUUAGAUGAGAUGCUGGGAAAGAAUCCAAACUAUUAUAUAUGCACACGAGCUACCAAGGAAGAGUGGGAGGCACUAGACAUGUGAGAAUGAUGAGAUGCUAAGGAAGAAUGUACGGUGUACUGUUACUUUAUUCUGUAUGCGGGUUGAUGAUCCAGAAAGAACAAGUUUUUUCCUGAACAAACAAUGAACGUAGGACAUUGAUCCAGGGAUACAAGAAAGAUAAUGAUCUUGGUGUAUAGCGAAAGUGGAUUUCAUGAUAGUAUGAUUGGUUCGAAGAGGACGGAUGUGUGCGAUUUUCGUCGUUAAAAUUGAACACGAAUUUCAGCGUGAAGACGCGGAUGAUUACUUAAGAAGAGGGACGGAUGUCUGUGUUAUUAGACUAAAUGUGGAACAAUCUGACUUGUGUGGACGAUUUCUUGAACCGAGCCUUUCACAAAUUAGGUCUAGUAGUUGGCCAUCAUCCCGGUUAUUUCGUCAUAGUUCCAGUUCUCCUGGCCUGUAUCUGCUUUACCGGAUAUCAGAGGAUCCAUUACGAGAUAGAUCCGGAAUACCUCUUUUCUCCGAUUAAUGGACCAAGUAAAACGGAAAGGGCGAUUGUCGAACAAUAUUUUAAAGUCAAUUACAGUCACAGAUUCAAUCUAGGUCGCAUCACUAGGCCAGGUCGAUUCGGGCAUGUGAUUAUCACAUCUAAGGAUGGAAAUGAAAAUCUAUUGAGAACAGUGGUAUUCAACGAGCUCAGAGAACUGGAUAAGACUAUAAGAAAUACGAAAGCGAUGUACGAAGGAGAAGAAUUUAAUUAUAGUCAAAUUUGUGCUAGAUGGUUAGACACAUGCUUCAACAACGAUAUUCUAGAUCUACAUCAUAUCAUAGAGUUUGUGGAGAAGAAAGAGCUCAAUCUGACGUUUCCUGUCACGCUGAAUCCUGUCACCUGGGAUUUUUACAUAUUGCCGGUCUAUUUUGGAGGAAGUGUGAUCGACAAAGAUUUAAUGAUCGAGUCUGUACCCUCUAUGCAAUUGGCCUACUUUCUCACAGCUGACAAUGCUCGUCAAGAUGCGAUAGGAGCAGCCUGGGAAGAAGCAUUCCUGGAGACAUUGAGAAAAGUGGAAGAGGAGAACAUUUUCAAACACAUUACCACUGCCAGGUUUGCGUCUAGGACUUUGGAACUAGAACUGGAAGAGAACACCAAAACCAUAGUGCCUUAUUUUUCGAGCACAUUCAUAUUGAUGGCUCUUUUCUCCGUGGUCACUUGCAUGAUGACCGAUUGGGUGCGCAGCAAACCAUGGCUGGGACUUCUUGGCAAUGUUUCCGCUGCAAUGGCAACGGUGGCAGCUUUUGGUCUUUGUAUAUACCUAGGUGUCGAUUUCAUUGGUCUCAAUUUAGCUGCACCUUUUCUGAUGAUUGGUAUUGGAAUAGACGACACGUUUGUGAUGCUAGCUGCUUGGAGACGAACCAGUAUAAUGAAACCGGUACCUGAAAGGAUGGCUGCGACUCUUAGCGAGGCUGCUGUCUCGAUUACCAUUACUUCCUUGACUGACAUGAUAUCGUUCUUCAUUGGCAUUCUCUCACCCUUUCCCUCUGUUCAAAUUUUCUGUAUUUAUUCAGGAUUCGCCGUAGUCUUCACCUUCGUGUUUCACCUGACUUUCUUCACAGGCUGUGUAGCCAUCAGUGGCUAUUGCGAGCAAAAGAAUCUUCAUAGUGUAGUAUGUUGCAAGGUGCAACCUCUCUCCAAGUCUUCAAACAGAUCUUGGUUCUAUAGAGCAUUAUGCACCGGGGGCGUGGAUCCAGACGAUCCUUAUAAUCCUACCGACAAUCCGGAACACGGAUGCAUGAGUUGGUUCCGGGAUUAUCUGGCCGCCGCGUUGAAUUGCAGACCCAUCAAAAUCAUUGUAAUUCUGAUAUUCGGCUGCUAUCUAGCCGGCGCUCUUUACGGGCUGACAACUCUUCGGGAGGGCUUGGAUCGACGCAAGCUCUCCAAGAAUGACUCUUAUUCGAUUGUUUUCUAUGACCGUCAAGAUUACUAUUUUCGAGAAUUCCCAUAUAGAAUACAGGUGGUAGUAAGCGGAGAAUAUAAUUACAGCGACCCAGUGAUUCAGGAACAGAUGGAGAAUUUAACUCGAUCCUUGGAAGCCAGCAAAUACAUCAGCAGCGCUCCUAUCUACACGGAGAGCUGGCUGAGAAAUUUUCUCAGCUACGCCAACAACAGCGCGACCGACGUAGAUAUCGAAGACGAGAAAAGUUUCAUCAAAGAAUUAAAAGACACUUGGUUGUCCCCUAAAAGUAGCUUUUCCUUGGAUGUGAAGUUCGACCCGAGCGAAGAACACAUUAUAGCCAGCAGAUUUCUCAUUCAAGCGGUGAAUGUAAGCGGGACCAAUCAGGAGAAAGACAUGGUGAAAGAGCUCCGUCAGAUUUGCGCUCAAUCUCCAUUGAACGCCAGCGUGUUCCAUCCCUACUUUGUGUUCUUCGACCAAUUCGAACUUGUUAAACCCACUAGUAUUCAAUGUAUGGUGUUUGGUGCCCUUGUCAUGAUGCUCAUCAGCUUCAUCUUUAUCCCCAAUGUAAUGUGUUGCCUCUGGGUUGCUUUUUGUAUCAUUUCAAUCGAAUUGGGAGUCGCUGGUUACAUGGCUCUGUGGGAUGUAAGCCUAGACAGCAUAUCCAUGAUUAAUCUUAUCAUGUGUAUAGGUUUCAGCGUCGAUUUCACUGCUCACAUUUGCUACGCCUAUAUGAGCUCCAAACAGAAGACACCGGAGGACAGAGUGAAAGAAAGUUUGUACAGUCUUGGCCUUCCCAUAGUACAAGGGGCCACCUCUACGAUCCUUGGAUUAAUAGCCUUGGUCCUUGCUGGAACGUACAUUUUCAUGGUAUUCUUCAAGAUGGUGUUCCUGGUGAUAUUUAUCGGAGCCAUGCACGGAAUGUUCCUACUUCCCGUCUUGUUAUCAUUAUUCGGCCCUUCAUCUUACCACGAUGACAAAACGGACACGGAUAAAACUCAACAGAGGAAGAUUUCAGAGAAGGAUCUAAAUUGCGAGCUCCAACAUCCUUACGUGAUUCCACAUCCAACUUUGACUUAUUAUCAUCAUUCUUCCGAUAAGAAUUUUCAAGGCAGCCCCGCAACCAGUUUAGCUGCGUUCGACGAUAGGGAUCCUGGAUUGGGGACCAGCGAGGACAGCAAUUCCACGGAAAGUGGAUCGUCCCAAAGCAGAAGAAAGGAGGGUCAGUUGGAACAAGAAAAUCAAAGGCGGCACGAUGUCUGCAGAAAAUCCAUAGGUGUCCUCUAUGGAAUGUCUCAGUUUCAAACCGCUUCAUCACCAGCUGCACCACCUCCGGAUUAUUCUGGAACACUUUCAGAACCAGUUCCAAAUGAGCAAGAGCGACGAGCGGUUAGGACAGUAUCUUACGUAGGCCCAUAUCCGGCUCAAAGGCCCGCGAAUCAAUUACACAGAGAUCAUAGAAGAAGUAGAUCGUACCAUAAUCUUCAUUACUCGUCGAGGUACCUGAGUGAUUCGCGUUAUCCUUAAUGAUAUCUUUCAAUGAAGAGUAAUAAGUGUUAAACAGCCUUUGUACGCAGAGAAGUUAACAAAUUUAAAGUUUUUCUUGGAAGGAAGUCAAUAUCUUGAAUUUUCCUUUCUGCUCUUAGGAUAAUUAUUGGAGAAAGGAUCUUUUCUCGUGGAGAAAAUUCCACGAGUCGUGUUCUAUUUUGGAAAGAGACUUGAGUGAGUUUGGAAGAGACUAUUUUUCAAGUGUAAGUUUUAAAAAACUGUCGGAGGAACUAUAUCAUAAAAAGUUAGAACAUAAUAGAUAAAAUUACAUCAGCCUGUAUUUUUAAAAUCUUUUAAAUCUGUUUCUUUGUCUGGUUAAAUUAAAGAAAAGAAAAAAAAAAAAAAGAGAAAGAAUGAAAAUAGAUUGUCGUGGAAUUUUAAAAAUUUAGGCUGACGCGAUUAAAACUGUGAAUUUGAUACAUUUUUACUUUGAGCUGUAUGCAUGAUAAUGAAUUUUUUCUCCAUUAGUUUCGUGAAAAUCUUAGGAUAGUAGAAAUUUAACUAUAUCAGCAGGCAAGUGCAGUUACCGCGCACAAGUUAGUCAAAGAUCGUGGAAAAUAACAAGAAUGAUUCUUCACGAUCUAUGGAUAGUGUGUAAGAAUUAAUCUGCUCAAUAGAAAUCAAAACCAAAACGCAACAGCAGGGAGAGCCAAUUUUUUAAACACAAAAUUUGAAGAAUCUGUCGUGCCUUAUUAUGAAAUAUGUUGUUGAUGAAAAAGAAGAAGAAAAUAAAAUUUUUGUGAAAUAAGAUAAUAAUUUUAAUUGCACAAAAGAGAAAUGAAAUCAAAUGGUGUCAUCAAAAAUUUUUACAAGCACACGUGAAUCAAGUUCAAUUCUCCACCAGUGUUUCUCUUCUUCGUUAUUUGAUCGUCCAUUUGUGUUAAAAUAUCGUGACACAUGGAUGUAUAGUAUGAUUGCAGGUCAAUUUGUACGCGCAAAGGAAAUAAUGUUUGCUCAUCUAUUUUGAAAAUUUUUUAACAAUAGUUUGAGAAAUUAGAAACUCGCAUAAAAGUUUCUAUUCAGAAAACAAUAGUAAAGUAAAAUGUAAAUUACAUAUAUUAAAUGUUGGAAGAAUUGCAUGCUAUUCUUUAUACAAUAGACAAGAGGAUUUCAGUCUUGGUAAAAGCUUUUAAUUGCAUAGUAUUAAAACGAAUUCGAUUGUUAAAAAAAAAAAAAAAUUGUAUGCAUAUUUAUCUAUAAUUUUUAAAUGGAUGAAAUAAACGAUGUAUCCUGAGCGUUCAGCACAAUUUUUUCUGUAUAGCACUUAUGCGUGGGUGUGGAUGAAUGAGAGGAAUGUAAUAAAUAUUAAGUAUUAUCAAACUGGCAGUUGCCAUUGAAAAAUUCUUGUAAACGAAAUAUAUUCUGGUGACGAUUUCCUCGUGA